AUGGCUUCCCACGAGAAAGACUUUCCCGCAAUUCGCGCUUGCAUUUUCGACAUGGACGGACUGCUUAUCAACUCUGAAGACAUAAUCACAUUAUGCACGAACCAUGUUCUUGAAAAACAUGGAAGGCCGGCCUUUACUCAGUCAAUUAGAGCCCAACUCAUGGGCGUCCCGGACUCGACAAACGGCGAUGUAUUCCACAACUGGGCAAAAUUACCUGUAACCCGCCAGCAAUUCGCUCAUGAAUUGAAAGAACAAUUGCGACUUCACUUUCCGGAGUGCAAGCCGCUUCCUGGCGCGGAAGAGCUGUUGUCCAAUCUCAGUCGUGCGCACAGUGCUUCGUCUGGGGAAAGAAUUCAGCUGGCAUUGGCAUCCAGCACCAAGACUGAUACCUAUAAGCUAAAAACUUGUAGACCGGAGACGAAACGGCUGCUUGACAACUUCCAGGCCGAUAGGCGGAUCUUGGGUGACGAUCCGAGAGUACGACAGGGCCGAGGGAAGCCAGCCCCUGACAUAUACCUACUUGCGCUAGAGUCUAUCAACUCAGUGGCAUGCUCUGGCCAGAGAUCAAUACAACCUAACGAGUGUUUGGUGUUUGAAGACAGUGUGGCUGGGGUAGAAGCGGGAAGACGCGCCGGGAUGAGAGUUGUUUGGGUGCCGCAUCGGGAUGUGGCGGCUGAAUAUGAAGCAAGAGAAAAAGACGUGCUGGCUGCGAGGUCGGGAAUGUUCGGGCUCGGAGAUGAUGGGCAGCUAGGGGAGACUGAUGAUGGCUGGGCCGAAAGCAUGCCGAGCCUGGGACAUUUUGAUUACAAGAAGUACGGAAUCAACAUGUCAUCCUGA